AUGAACAACAGCUCCACAACGAUAGAGGAACAACCAGAAACAGCCGAUGCUCGCUUUAUUGUGUCGAUGAUUGUUAUCAAUGCUUUCAGUGGUCUCUUGGCAACUGUUCUGAACCUCUUGAUCAUCGCGACUUUUAUCAAGACGCCAUCUUUGCGAACACCUUCGAACAUUCUUAUUCUUAGUCUUGCCAUCGCUGACUUUGGUGUUGGUGCUUUUGCAGAGCCUUCUUACUCUUUGGUACUUUUGGUGAACACAUCAGCUGUUACAAUAACUGCCAUUACUGUCGACCGAUUCCUUGCUCUUCACUUACAUUUAAGAUACCAAGAACUUGUCACAACUAAGCGCAUAUCAGUGGUGAUACCUUAUGGCGCAGUAGCAGGAACAGUGGUUGAGACCAUUCUCUUUAUGAACAGCAGUAUCAAUCCAAUCAUAUAUUUCUGGAGAAUAGAAGACAUGCGAAAUGAUGCUCUUCAAUUGUUGGGAUCUCUACGAAGACGUAAUAAUGGCACGAAUGACACUGGUAGUUCUAGUUAA